AUGGGCAGUCUUCUUGGUAGAAUCCUCAUCAUCAGCGUUGCUGUGAUCGCAAUCCUCUAUCAGUUCGUUACCAAGACCAUCAUAUUCGAUACACUGGGCUAUGGUCGCCCUGUCUCAAGCAUAACUACGUUCAGUAAUGUCCAUUGCCAAAAGGUGGAUGAACUAGGCCUUGAGGCAUGUGAGGAUAUGUGGUUACAUGAGCCAACCGGCCUCCUCUACAUGGCCUGCUCCGAUUCCCAAAGUCGUACACAGUGGCUUCCGGCCGUCGGAUCUCUCAAUGCUCAGGGCCGUGGCCUCACAGAUCGAGUUGCUAUCCUCGACACUCGAGCUGAUGGACCGCUCUCGUCCCGCGUUAAAUGGAUCACGGCUAAGAACUUUCAUGGCAUCAAAGGCGAUGGUACUUUGAAUCUCCAUGGAAUGGACAUCCGAGCAGAUCCCCACACUGAUACACUCGCCAUACUGUUGGUCAAUCACCGCCCCCCUUUUGACCCAAUUACUAGACAACCACUCGAUGCUGCCAUAGUUGGAGCGAACUCGACAAUUGAACUGUUCCAGACAACGGUGGGCAGUGAUACCAUGGUCCACGUGAGGACCUUUUCCAACGAUGCGAUCCAGACUCCGAAUGAUGUUGCAUGGGUAAAUGACAGAGCGUUUGUGUUCACGAAUGAUCACAGUAGGAAGACUGGAUGGCGGCGAGAGUUUGACGCUGUCAUUGGCGGAGGCAGCAUCGGAUACUGUGAUCAAGAUAGUUGUAACAUUGCCAAAGAUACCGACAUAUGCUUUCCCAAUGGCAUAGUCCGCGGCUAUGACGGGCUCUUUUACGCCCCAAGCUCAAUAACUGGGGAGGUCAAAGUUCUAUCUCUCAAUGGGAAUCGCGUACUCAGCGAAGUAGCCUCUCUCAAAAUACCGAUGCCAGUAGACAACCUGUCUGUUGACAAGAAUGGCGACAUUUUCGCAGCGGGCUUUCCUCACCUCUAUGAAAUGACCAAGAGUUUCAAAGAUCCGUUUAGGGUGAGUCCCCCGAGUGCGGUCUUCAAAUUCUAUAAAAAGGGGGCCGGGUCGCAAAGGUUGGAGAAGGGGGAGUCGCACGCCGGACCCAAGUAUGUCGUGGAGAAAAUCAUGGAGGAUGAUGGGACCGUGUUACCCGGGGCAUCUAGCGCAGUUCACGAUGCGGAAACAGGGAGAAUAUUCCUUGGUGGUCCCAUGUCACCGUACAUUACGAUUUGCGAGACUCGAUGAGCAUCUGCUGGCAAUGUUGGCAGACUGGUUUGUUUCGUUGGGGUUUUGAUCCUCCUUCGAUGCGGGACGCCGGGAUCUCAUUUUUAACCUUUUACUGUUAGCGACUCGGCAAAUAAUGUGACGAGUAUCAAUAUGAAGAAUGGCCUGCAGCAGCUCGUAUUUUUGUCG